AUGGCCCCGUGCCGGGGCCCCCGGUGGCUGCUGCCGCCGCUGCUCGCCCUGGCCGCGCUCGCCCAGCCGCCGCCCGCCGCCCUCCGCGCCGGCCACGCCGCCUCCUCGCUGCCCGCAGCCGCCGCCGCCCCGCGCACCAGAUACCUUUUGUAUGAUGUAAACCCUCCUGAAGGGUUCAACCUUCGCAGAGAUGUCUACGUUCGCAUUGCUUCCCUUCUGAAGACCUUGCUGAAAAGUGAAAACUGGGUGUUGGUUCUGCCUCCCUGGGGCCGUCUUUAUCACUGGCAGAGCCCUGACAUCCUUCAGGUCCAUCUCCCUUGGUCUGAGUUCUUCGAUCUCCCAAGCCUCAACAGAAACAUCCCUGUCAUUGAAUACGAGCAGUUCCUUGCAGAGUCAGGUGGCCCCUUCAUUGAGCAGAUCUAUGUCCUACAAGGCUACAUAGAAGGGUGGAAAGAAGGAACGUGGGAAGAAAAAAUUGAUGAAAGGCCAUGCAUUGAUCAGCUUAUGUACUCCAAAGACAAACAUGACUACUACAGGGGAUGGUUCUGGGGUUAUGAGGAAACGCGAGGCCUAAAUGUCUCCUGUUUGUCUGUCCAAGGAUCUGCCUCUAUCGUGGCUCCCAUCCUUUUGAAGAACACUUCAGCACAGUCAGUGAUGUUAGACAGAGCUGAAAACCUUCUUCAUGACCACUACGGAGGGAAAGAUUACUGGAACACCCGUCGGAGCAUGGUGUUUGCUAAACACCUCCGCGUAGUGGGAGACAAGUUUAGAAACAAGUAUCUUCAAUCCACAGAUGAGUCAGACGGGACUCAUUACCAGGAGGACUGGACGCAGAUGAAGGUUAAGAUGGGCACAGCUCUGGGGGGUCCAUACCUUGGGGUACAUCUCAGAAGGAAAGACUUCAUUUGGGGUCACCGAGAAGACGUGCCUUCCCUGCAAGGAGCAGUAAAGAAAAUCCACAGCCUCUUGAAGAUACUUAAACUUGACAAAGUUUUCGUAGCCACUGAUGCUGUCAAAGAGGAGAUUGAAUUACUCAAGAAACUGCUGCCCGAGAUGGUGAGGUUUGAACCCUCUUGGGAGGAGCUGGAACUCUACAAAGAUGGGGGCUUGGCUGUGAUUGACCAGUGGAUCUGUGCGCAUGCAAGGUAUUUUAUAGGCACCUCAGUUUCGACAUUUUCCUUCCGGAUCCAUGAGGAAAGGGAGAUCUUAGGCUUUGAUCCAAAAACAACUUACAACCGAUUUUGUGGUGAAAAAGAGAAAAACUGUGAGCAGCCAACUCACUGGAAAAUCGUAUACUAAAACCCAAGGACUCCAGUACUAGUGAGCUCAAAAGAAUAAGGAGAAACUAUGGGGAAAUACCUCUCUUUGACCCAGCUACAACUCAGUCUUCUAACCUCUCAGUCUUUCUUGGUGUUUGCUUGACAUUUGGCUUUUGAAGUGCAAGCAAUAUUCACCUUCUUAACUAUGAACUGAUGGGUGCGAGGAGAAUGAAGUCAGCCUGGGAUCCAGUUCUUGGCAGAGCUAGGAUUAGAGGACAAUACCAGACACUACAACUGAGACUUGAUAACCAAAAGCUUUAUCCUGAAACUGAGUAACAAACCAGGUUAGUUCUGGCUUUCUUUGAAGUUCUGGGGAAGAAGAGGAAGGGUUUAACUUUUAUAAAUGUAACACAGCUGUGGUCUCUGCUGCAUUUCUCUCUUUACUUCUUGUGUGUCUUGGUUUUGUAAACUGCGCUGCGCUACACACUGCCGUUUCUUGUUCUCUUUCCAAACAGCAGUUUGUGACUAUUCAAAUUGCCUGAUGUAAAAGAAGAGGAGAUGGUAUUCCUACCUGAGCACCUGCCGCUUCCAGUAGCGGUCUCAGUGGGUCUGUGCUGAGGAACAAAGAGGAGGCUUGUAGGGUGGUGAAAGAAAGGUUAUGUUUCUUAUGUUUUACCUUCACAAAGGAAACUUGUUUUUCUUCUGUCCUUCCAAAGGUCUGGUGUGUUGGACUGAUGCAAAAGUCGGCAGAGGGAUCACCAAGUCACUCCGUUCAGUGACAGUGAUGCUUUGCUAGGGAGCAUGUAAAAGGCCUUUCAGGUUUCCAUGUCCGUUAAAUGGAUCAUCCUGGUAAUUCAGCAAAUGAAUUUUCUUCAUUUCUGCUUUCAGUUUAUGCAAGGGAGCAAACUGAGGACAGUGAGACAGCAGAGGUCAUUGCACCCUGAGGUAAUGUCUAGAAGCCUAGCAGCUGGGAGCCUUGCAGGCGAGGCUGUGCUCUGGUGGAGAUGGUUGGCGGCUGGUACUGGGAAGAGCCUUGUGCUACACCACCAGGCAGAGGGAAAGCACAGCUCUUGUUUGAGAAGGUUUCUGUAAGAGUAACAGUUAAGCUCUUGCAGCUUCCUGCUAUGUAGAACUGGCUGCUGGGAAGUACUCUGCUUGAUUCUGGCUUUCAGGUGGGCCUUUUGAUCUACACCCCUUUUUUAAGCAGGAGAAAUCUUUGCCAAAAGUGGACUAGGAGACAGAUUUCAAAAGUUGAAGUGGGCUUUUUUCCUUAAAGUCAGUUUUACCGGAUUACCUCGUAGUAAUCCGCUCUUUCCGCUAGGCUUGAGUAGGAGUAUGUAUAACCCUCCUGCACUGCGCAGUGCACGUUUCACAGAUGCUCCCAAACAAUGAGGUUGUUUCUACCCAUGUGGCUGCAGCAGAAUCUGUGAAGACUUCUCAGACAGUAGCAGCAGCAGCUCUCUGUUCUUGCCAGCUGUUUAUUGUAUCUUUGUGCAGCAGCUGAGCCUCUCUGGCAACAAAGGGAGAAGCGCAGCAUUUCAAAGCAGUGCCUUUUCCCACCAAAUCAAAUGUUCUUGUUUAGCCUGUGCACAAUGUAAAGCAAUGGUGGCAUUUCACUUGUAAUGUGUACUUCAGUUCAUGAAGAAAAAUAAAAAGCUUUGUAGCAUUUUAUGUGACAUGUCCUUGCUUCUUCCUUCUUCCUAACCGUUGCUAUCUCCUGGCUCUCUAGCAUUGGACUCCAGUGCAGGAGAAACCGGCAUAAAAUCUGCAUGCCCUGACAAUGUUUUUUUCAUCUUCUGUCCCGUGAGGUGCUGCAUUAGCGAGUGUAGCCAGCAUGACUGUUCUUGGUGCUGGGAGACUGCACCAGGGAAAUCUCUGCCCCUCACUGCAAGUGGGAUGUAGACAAACAAGAAAGGCCAGAGAAAGGCAGCUAAAACCAUCAGCAGCUGGAGCACGCAGCGUAUGAGGAGAGGUGGAGAGAGAUGGUCCUUUUCAGCCUGGAAAAGGUGAAAGAAGAGAGAUCUAGCCAUUGUCCUGCACUAAUAAAAGGGGGAGCAGGGCAGGCAGAGACAGGCCUUUGUCAGAAGUGCACAGCAAAAGCACAGUAAGGUACAGGCACAACCUGCAACUAGGGAAAUUCUGCUUGGGUCUAAGGUUGAGCCUCCCAUCCAAAAUCUGCGCAGCACUGGGGCAGGGCCCUGAGAGGAGCCGUGUACCUUCCAGCUGUGCUCUUCCAGCCUUGCUGAAGGAGUCAAAGGCAGAAGAGGACAAGUUCACGUGCAAGCAGAUUGUAGGAAAAACAGCAUCUGCCUUGCUGGCUCAGAUAGAAAAUGGGGAUUAGAGAGAUGAGAGUAGAGUGAUGGCUCCUAUGGUCAAGGGUUUCCAACAACUUCCCCUCUCCCUUGAAUCCCUUCCAUCACAAUGAAAAGCUGCAAAGGCAAUAGCAGUGCAUGAAAGGGUGGGAUUUCCUUCUUGAGUCCACAACAUCUUGAGACAGGACACUCCUUUAUCGUUGCAGUAACAAUACAUGUAUUUAGAAACCUGUGUGUAGGCAAAUACAUGAUGAUGAUGAUGCAUGCAGAUGUGACCACGGUGCCUUUUAUCUGGCAAUCUGGGCCAAAACAUAUCUUGCCCUCUCAGGCUAUAUUUGCUGGUGUUCUUCCACUGUCUGUGGCUUUCUGGCUUGAGGAGCAAGGAACUCAACGGGGUAGAUCUUGUUAUCGCAUUGCACAGGAAAGCUUGGGAGAUUGGUAUCCAUGGCAGUG